CAACACCUUUAGAGACAUUGGUCUCUGUACACGAAGAAAAUGGUGACCAACGAGGGGCCAUAGAACUAGAGUAUCCAGAGCGGUUUGCAGUAAUUAAAUGUAUUUCCUUUCUUUGUAUCUUCACCGUAGUCAUUGUAGUCAUCGUAGUCAUGGAGGAGCAGACCGCCUCUCCUGCAGCCAACGCAGACAACAACGGCCAGAGAAAUGGAGAUGAGAAGCCCCGACGUGGCAACUGGACCAAGGGGAGGAAGAGGAAGAAGCCGAUGAAGGACAGCAACGCACCCAAGGCCCCCCUCACGGGCUACGUCCGCUUCAUGAACGACAGGCGGGAGCAGCUACGGGCCGAGCGCCCGGACGUGCCCUUUCCAGAGAUCACCAGGAUGCUGGGCAACGAGUGGAGCAAGCUGCCCCCCGAGGAGAAGCAGCGAUACUUGGACGAGGCGGAACGAGAUAAGGAGCGCUACAUGCGGGAGCUGGAGAAGUACCAAAAGACGGAGGCCUACAAACAUUUCACCAGGAAGGUUCAGGAGAAGCAGAAAGGCAAGAGACACAGGGGAGAUGCGGGGCACCAGGUAGCCAAUGAAGCUCUUCACGAGAAGGAUGGGGAAGGGAAGGACAGAACUGUGUUCGACAUCCCCAUCUUCACUGAGGAGUUCCUCAACCACAGCAAAGCGCGUGAAGCGGAGAUGCGGCAGCUGCGUAAGACCAACAUGGAGUACGAGGAGCGCAACGCGGCGCUGCAGAAGCACGUGGAGAGCAUGCGCGGCGCCGUCGAGAGGCUGGAAGGCGACGUGAUGCAGGAGAGGGGACGCAACGGGCUCCUCCACCAGCACUUGGAGACCCUGCGGCAGGCGCUGACCUCCAGCUUCUCUUCCGUGCCUCUGCCAGCGAGUGGAGAGACGCCCACGCUGGACAGCAUUGACUCCUACAUGAAGAAGCUGCACAGCAUCAUAGUCAGCAGCCCCCAGGAGCACGAGAACCUCAUCAACACUGUGAGGGAAGUGGUCAACCGUCUGGACAGAUAAUUGGACCGUGUCGCAGUGAUUCAAAGGAUUGAGAGUCACAGUAGAGGCUGCUCCCUGACCGGGAAUCUUCCUGUCGAUCUGUCCUCCCAAUUUAUUUUCAAACAUCUUUUCUCACUUCUCUAAGUUAAUGUAAGUGAAGGUGAUGUAGGGACUCAUAUGUAUUUAUUAUUGGUUUACAUUUUUUAACUCUGUCCACACUUUAUUAAUAUAGCUGUAGUUUGUUUUGUAAAUCAAAUGAUAGGACAUGAAUCAGUUUUAUGUCACUCAUUGCUUCUGUUUUGUCUUUAUGUCCAUUUAUAGCAAAUGCUUUCACGGACAAUAUCUAAAGCAUUAUCAGACAUGUUGUAAACAAAGAUAAAAUGUAUCAGUGAGUUUGUAUUCACCAUAUCCGAGAAAUGUUUUCUGUUUUUAUACCCUGUUAAAGAAAAACAUGUGCCAUUUAUUUUUUUCUCCUGUGUGUAAAAGUGUUUGUGUUUUCAAUAAACGUAUUUACAUCA